AUGGCCCCUGUCAACCGUCUCACCAGGUUAAAGCACCAAAAUUUGGUUACAUUAUAUGGAUGCUCAUCAAGGCAUAACCGUGAAUUCAUCCUUGUAUAUGAAUAUAUCCCGAAUGGAACACUUGCAGAUCACCUGCAUGACAAAAGAGCAGCAGAUCGACUGCUCACGUGGCCAAUCCGCAUGAAGAUUGCAGUGGAAACUGCUGCAGCAUUGGUUUAUCUCCACGCUUCAGACAUAAUACACCGUGAUGUGAAGACUAGUAACAUACUUCUCGACAACAAUUUCUGUGUUAAAGUUGCAUAUUUUGGGAUCUCAAGACUCUUCCCUCCUAAUAUCACUCAUUACACCACAACACCUCAAGGAACACCUAGAUACGUUGAUCCAGAUUAUCAUGAGUGUUAUCAGCUCACUUAUAAGAGUGAUGCUUAUAGCUUUGGUGUUGUUCUUAUAGAACUCUUAUCAUCAAUGCCUGCUCUGGACAUGCGUAGGCAUACAGACGAGAUCCAUUUGGCAAAACUAGCAAUGAGCAAGAUUCUUACAGGACCAUUUGAUGAACUCAUUGAUUCCUCUCUAGGAUAUGAGAAGGAUACUGAAAAUAAUAGAAUGACGACUUCAGUGGCAGCGCUAGCUUUUCAAUGCUUGCAACCUGACAAGGAUAUUAGGCCUACAGUGGAACAUGUUUUGGAGUCACUAAAGGAGAUUCAAGGCAAUCAGUUGAGCAACGAUGGUGAAAGAUGUAUAAAUGAAGCUACUGCUCACAUGCUAGCAAGAGAAGCUAUUUCUUUGUCUGAUUGUAUGGAAUGGGCUAAUUAUUGCCCUUUGUUUCUAUGUAAUGUUUUGUCUUCGGACUUUAGUUGA